CAGUGCUUCUUCCUCGAGUACGACGAGGACGGCAAAAAGAGAAAGGACCCGCCUAGGGUGGUCAUUGACGUCAUGCAGAUUCUUCCGAUUCCGGUGGGAGAGAUCACCUUCAACCAGCGAGCCCUGAACCCGGCCAUCGUCGCAGGCAUCGAAGCGGCAAUCGAAGCAUCAACUCGCCCACAGUCCAUGGAUGAUCCGGCUCCGUGGGAUCCACCGGAGUUGGUGCUGGCUCCGAUUAAUCCAUCAAAGGACGCGGACGAACAAAGAACCCGCGUCCUUCCAGAGGAUUUCGACCCCGAACAGGCAGAUGAGUUUUUCUAUUACCCGGUUGCCGGUCAACAUUCUUCCGAAGCUAUGAAAAGAGCGGUGGCGAAGAACUCUGCAGCGGUGGAGGUGUUUGACUUUCGGAAUUAUGAUCGUGUACGGAUCAUUUAUUUUGACGAUGACCAUACGAACGGGUACCAUUAUGUUUCCACAUAUGACAACACGCGAGGUGACCGUGCUAUGUUGCCAUCGUUCCACCAAGCCUGCGUGGACAUCAGAGGAUUUUGGGACAGCAAGAAAUGGAUCGGGUCUGUGGGGAACAUGUCCAAAGGGGAUCCCAAAGGCUUGGAGCACCAGAAAACAUGGAGGGAAUUUUUGAGGUCGUGCAUGGGGAAGUCGUGUGUGAAAGCAUUGUGGACCGAGUGUAUCUCUGGGAAGUGGCAGCAGGACUGGACGAACAGAAUGAGGGGGUACAUGAAUGUCGCCACAUGCAAGGACCCGCCGAAUGGGAUGAGGAGAGGGAUAGAAUCCCUUUGGAAUAUGUCAGGAGGGUUCCUAAAAGACUCGGCGGAGGCCACCGCGGCAUUGUAUAGGGACGCACCUUUCCACUUCAAGUACUUCGUGUACCAUGCGAUUGGGAGAGUGGACUUGUUGACAUCAGAGUUGCGGUGGUUGAAGAACGCUGCCCUUAAUCUUAGAUGGGAGAAGAAACAACGAUGGUCGACAUUGCUACCGGUCAACAUGCAACCGAAGGAGUUGCUGCCUGCAGGCGACGAAAUUGUGACUGCGGCCACGAACUUGAAUUGCAAGGCGGCCAUCCUGGAUCUCGCCAACCCGAAGAACUGCCUUGUAUGGACGCCAGCCGAUUUCGAUGCUCUGCGCAAAAUGAUGACGAAAUUGUGCGGUAAUAAUUGGAUUCUGAUUGUAUUUGCUCCGCAAAAACAGCACAAGGCCGUCAUGAAGCAACUUUACAACUGGGACGAUGCAGAGGUGCUACUCGACACUUGGAAGCGUUAUUUCGCGUUCGGAACAGCUGUCAGCAAGUAUGAAAACUGGCAAGUCGAUUAUAAGGACACGAUGGCGGUCGUCCUGCAUGCUGAGGAGGGCAACCUCAGGAAGGUAACGAGGGCUCCUAAAUCGGAGGCAGAGAUAGUGGAGCUGAACGUUGAUGAGGAGCAAUUCAAGAGAUGCACAGCAAAGCACAGUGGCGAGGAAGGAAACGAACGAGAGGUGUAUGGGCGGUGGGAACGACAUCCUAAACGGUUGCAGAAGUUGUGCAGUUCAUUUUUUCACGAGGACGAGGGGGUGAUUCUUAUUGGAAAGUCGCACGCCGGACUUGUGUCGAAGCUCCUGCGCGCUGGCCAUCAUGUUUUCGCAUGCGACUCGUCGUCAAAAGACAUUUCAUACUUGACGAAGGUCAUCGAAAUUCUCGGGAAGGAUGCGAGAAACAAAUGCACCGUUUAGAGACAGAAUACUGUGCAUCGUCCUGACAGGGACAUGUACCACAAGC